ACACAGAGAGGCGGGGCUCGCAGAGCCUCGGAGGAGCCUCAGGGAAGAACUACACCUCCCAAGAGGCUCUGCGCUGAUCGUUCCCGGCCUCCCGACAGGCUCCGCGCGUUUUACGCGCCAGCUUUGGCCUUGGCCCGCGAGCGGCGGAAUCGCGGCGGAGGAUGGAAAGUAGCGACGAGAAGGCGGUAGAGAAGUGCCGCGUCCACUUGCGCCCCGGCACGCUGCGCGACGCCGCCCUCGCCACGCUGCACCUUCUGCCCUGCGAGGUUCUGGUUAAUGGGCCCGCCCCGGUGGAGCGCUUCUUCACCCCAGCCAUGCGCCAGGGUCCCGAUGGACUCGAAGUGUCGUUUCGGGGCCGUAGACUACGGGGCGAGGAGGUGGUGGUGCCGCCGGGCCUCGUGGGAUACGUGAUGGUGAUGGAAGAAAAGGGAGAGGUGCUGGUGGGGAAGGACUUCUCGGAGGAUUCAUGGAAUGACGAGCGAGAGGAGCAGGAGCUGGCGGAACCCCCUGAGGCGCUGGAGCGAGACUUUGACCAAUUUAUCGGAGCCACCGCCAGUUUCAGCCGCUUCAUGCUGUGGGGCCUGGAGACAAUCCCCGGUCCGGACGCCAAAGUGCGCGGGGCCCUAACCUGGCCCAGCCUGGCUGCAGCGAACAGGAGUUACAGAAGUGAACUGUCUGCUUCCCAUCUCGGCCCUGCCACGUGGGAGUUCUGUGACCUGGCACGUGGGGCUUGUCUGCUGCGUCUGUCUCCCUGUAGAGAACUAAUGAGCAUUCGCUCUUCAUCUCUGUGCUGUGGAGGGUACUGACGGGAGCAGCAAGACUCCACCUGGAAGAGUACUCGGAGCCAGGGGAGUGCACAGAAAAUGACACAAAAGGCAAGUGCCUCUGAUUUUCAUCAUACCAGACCCUGCCUGGGUCUGUGAGAAGGGACGGCAAACCCCACGUGGGGUCUAGGCCUGAGGACGUUUGGAUUUGCAGUCAGAUCAGUCCCCCUAGCUGUGACCCGAGGCGCAAUGGCCCGACUAGGUGUUGACAGAAGGCAAGGAGAGGCACCAGUGCACUUCCCAGGUCAGAGGGCAGCCAUUCCUCAGCAGGUAACUGACCUCUCCAGGGGUUCUCUGACUGCUCUGCCCUCCUCUACCCUGCGGACUACUGGCCACUGGCAGACAGUUCCCAGUGAGUCCCUCAGGCCCUGCAAAACCUUAUAUGGCUUCGUGUCUCUUGGCAGAGUCUUUAUUCCCUCCUUCAGGGUCCUAGGGUGUCUCCAUUACUUCUAGAAGCCCUUCUUCACCCUCAGUCAUAAUUACAUUAGGUCACAGCCCUUUCUGCCCGCCCUUCCCAAUCUUUAUCAGCCAGUCUGGCCCAGCCUCCUGCAACUUCCGCGGAGCGGCCUGGUGGGGAGAGGGACAGAGGCGGCUGCUUUAGAGGAACGCAGCACGGAAGAGGAAGGGGGCACACCUGGGUUCCUCCUCAACUUUGCUGGGCCCUCCAGUGCAUGUCCUGACAGAUCAACUGGAGGCCACACUCGCCUUAGCAGGGAGCUCCCAGCCCCUCCCCAGUGAACAUCGACCUGCCCUCAAGAACUGCCUGCAGUGGGCACUUCUGGUGCACCUGUCCGCUCCGGCUGGGCAGAACUGAGCACAUCACGUUGGUGACCUUGUCUGAUUCCUGUCUCCACUGACGUUUGACCUUAAAGGCUUAGAUUCAUUUUCUUUUAAGUGCCCACUCUACCAAACUGUGGGUUUCUUGAGGAUGGGACCCCAUCUUGGCCUCAUUCCAUUAAUAAAAUUCAUCAAAUGGACCAUGA